UCUUGCAUCCUUUUUGGUGUGGAAAUGUUUCUGAAUGCACUUAGCUAGCUUUUAUGUCAACAACCAAAAAAAAAAACUGUUGGAUGCGGAUCGAAACCGAAUCUUCAAACGGAGAUACGUUAAGGCAGAAAUACUUUACUCAUGCAACGUGCACGCGCAGGCGUGGCUCACGCUCGUUUCCGCCACCCCUCCCCCUAGCCCCUUUCGCGUACACGCGAGGUAAUUCAUUGUAUCGGAUUGAAACGAGGGUUAUCGACGAAGCACCAUUGCCCUGGGAAAACGACUACUAGCCUUCUAAACAACAGGCAUGGCGGCGAUUCGUAAGAAGCUGGUGAUCGUGGGAGAUGGUGCAUGUGGGAAGACCUGUCUGUUGAUAGUCUUCAGUAAAGACCAGUUCCCCGAGGUCUACGUACCCACUGUCUUUGAGAACUAUGUGGCUGACAUCGAGGUGGACAGCAAGCAGGUGGAGCUGGCUCUGUGGGAUACAGCUGGCCAAGAGGACUACGACAGGCUUCGCCCCCUCUCCUACCCCGACACUGACGUCAUCCUCAUGUGCUUCUCCAUUGACAGCCCAGACAGUUUGGAGAACAUUCCAGAGAAAUGGACUCCCGAGGUCAAACACUUCUGUCCCAAUGUUCCCAUCAUCCUCGUAGGCAACAAGAAGGACCUGCGCAAUGAUGAACACACACGCCGCGAGCUGGCCAAGAUGAAACAGGAGCCAGUGAAGCCAGAGGAGGGCCGCGACAUGGCCAACAGGAUUGGAGCGUUCGGCUACAUGGAGUGCUCAGCCAAGUCGAAGGAUGGGGUGCGGGAGGUGUUUGAGAUGGCCACCAGGGCGGCACUACAGGCCCGGAGGGGCAAGAAGAGCAAUAAAUGUCUCCUGCUGUAGAGCGCAUGACAGGACCAUGUACCAGGGGCUCUGGCAAGUGUGUGGUUGGAGAAGCACCCGUUUACAUCCCACCAAAUCCCUGACCCCCCCCCCCACACUCGCUGGCCACUGGAGCUUGUCUCCUUGCUUUGGGAGUUAAUCCCUGAACGUAGAUUUUUUUUUCUAGUUAUAAUUUUUUUUUUUUUUACUCAUUUUUUUAAAAAAAAGUCAUGGAAAACAUUUAUCAGUAUUUAAAUUGGAGGUGAGGGGAGAACCCAGGACUGCUUUUUGUUUUAAAAUGCUUUACCUUGAAAUCUUUCACCUUCCAAAUGCUGUUGUUGGGCCUGUCGGGAGAAGGGCUGGCCUCGGGACUGCCAGUUAAGUGCUCUGCCUGCCUGGACUCUGUGUUGGCUGCUUUCAGUUUGUUUGGAACACAAACAGGGCUGAUAACUGCUUUAAAUUGUAGUCUGUUAUGUACAAAUCAUUCUUAGUUUUUGGAUGUGAAACCGUAAAGUAAGUGUUGAAACAAAUAAACAGGAAAACAUGAUGUAUGCAAAUCUGUAAAUAUAAGGCAUGGGUAUAUUCAUAUGUACACACGUACAUAACUGGAAACUGUAUUUUUAAACUAGCCUUAGUUACAUUGUGUAAUAAAUUACAUUCUUUAACACA